UUGCCGACAACUUGUUUAUUAUUUUAGUCCGGUACACUUAGCUUAGGCUAGCUGCUUCGCUAACAGAAGAAAAUAUAAUUAAAUAUAUUGUUUUGUAUAUUAGCACAUAUUAAUUUAGCUUGAAAAUCUACAUCUAAGCUAUUUCUUUAUUUUUAGUGGGAAAAGCCAAAACUAAAAUACAAAAAUGCUGAAAGCUAUCAUACUUGUUGGAGGGCCAAUGAAAGGUACCAGAUUCCGUCCCUUGUCCCUGGAACUCCCCAAACCCCUGUUUCCUGUUGCUGGGUUUCCCAUUAUUUACCACCACAUUGAGGCCUGUAGCAAGGUUCCAGAUCUGAAAGAGAUUCUGGUGAUAGGCUUUUACCAGCGCAACGAUGCCCUGAACCAGUUUAUUACACAGUCUCAACAGGAGUUCCAGAUACAGAUUAGGUACCUGCAGGAGUACACAGCACUCGGCACUGCUGGGGGGCUGUACCACUUCAGGGAUCAAAUCCUUACGGGAAACCCAGAAAUGUUUUUUGUCAUGAAUGCUGAUGUGUGCGGGGACUUCCCUCUACAGGACAUGCUCACGUUUCACAGGGAGAGGGGGCCCGGGGCUUAUGGCACAGUGCUGGGGACUGAGGCAACCAGACAGCAGUCAUUGACCUAUGGGUGUAUGGUGGAGAACAGGGAGACACAUGAGAUAAUGCACUAUGCUGAGAAACCUGAGACCUUUGUCAGUACAACCAUCAACUGUGGGAUCUACCUUUUUACACCUGAGAUCUUCAAAAUACUGGAGGUGACUUUCAAGAAAAAUCUGGAGGACAAUUACAAUUUUUAUGACAUGAAUUCAAGAGUAUAUGGCUUUGACUACCUGACCCCCAGCAAGGAGGUGAUUCGUCUGGAGCAGGACAUCUUCAUCCCCAUGGCGGGCUCCGGCAAGUUGUUUGUUUACACCACCUCACGCUUCUGGAGCCAGAUCAAGUCUGCUGGAGCUGCAGUGUAUGCCAACAGACACUACCUGGCAAUCUACAAGUCCUCACACCCAGAACGCCUGGCCAAAAAUGGCGACGGCUUGCCAAAGAUCAUAGGGGAUGUUUUCAUCCACCCAACUGCUACAGUCCAUCCUACUGCUGUGCUAGGACCAAACGUUACCAUUGGUCGUAAUGUGACUGUUGGAGAAGGUGUUAGAGUAAGGGAGACAAUUGUCUUAGAGGGAGCAAAUUUACAAGCACAUUGCUGUAUACUACACAGUAUAGUAGGGUGGCAGAGUACAGUGGGGGUAUGGACUAGAGUUGAGGGGACCCCAAACGACCCCAAUCCCAACAAGCCGUUUGCCAAACUUGAGAUCCCCUGCAUGUUCUCUGAUGAUGGCAAGCUCAAUCCAUCCAUCACUGUCAUAGGUUCCAAUGUCCAAGUUCCACCAGAGGUCAUCAUCCUGAACUCUAUAGUCCUGCCUCACAAGGACCUGAAUGGCUGCUACAAGAAUCAAAUCAUCUUGUGAUCACCCAGUGCCUGAAGCAUCCUUUGUUCUUAGACUGCCACACCAGCAGACUCUACAAAACACAGCUACACCUAGACUAUGCUACACCAGGACUCUACUUCACCUAGACUCUACUUAACCUAGACUCUGCUACACCUAGACUCUGCUACACCUAGACUCUACUUCACCUAGACUCUACUACACCACAGACACCACAAGUAAACCAUAGACAGACCACAACACAAUUAGUGUAGAGCUAGCAUCAAUUAUACAAUUUCCCAUUUUGACAGGGUCUGGCUAAAGACAUCUUAAAAAAAAUUAUAGCUUUUCGUUUGCAAAAUUUGAUGUAUAAUGUACGACAUGGUUUCAUUAUAAUUGGUUUACUUCUCAGAGAAAUUAAUUGAUUGAAAAAUGUAUGAAUGUUUCUUCUCAUAUGAACAAUGACACUAUUUAUUAUUUUAUGUCAUUUAUUAAUUAUGAUUGGUUGCAUCAGAAUGUGGGUUGGGGGGUGCUACCCCCAUUUAGUGACACCCCGCUUUGUGACGCCACUGAACCUGAAGAUCUAAUGCUGAAAUUGAAAAAGAUCUACUCUUAUUGUGUCAAUAUAUAUGUAUCUGUAGCCUCAGAACACAGUAUUUCACACCCAUAAUGUCAGAGGCACAUUUUUUAUCUGUAGGAAGGGUCUAUUU